CGGAAAAGCAGUAGAGCACCAGAGCAGUACAGUGACAACCGUGGUAGCAGCAGCAGCAAAAGCACUAGAAAUUAUAUAUGACUUGUGCUGGCGCUAUUAUAUAGUAGAGGCGCAUAUAUUUUUGUUGUUGCACUUUGUGUGCUGUUUGGUGAUACUUGGCCUAACGGUUAUGUAUAAUACACGCCAAAUUAUGCAAUAUACUUACUGCACGUGUGAAAAUCAUUGAUUGGAAAAAAUUUUGUGAAAAAAUUUAUAAAAAAGUGAGCAAAAAUUAAAGAGAAAAGAAAUUGUGUGUAAAAUUCUGGCUAGAAAAGUGUGUAUAAGAGGUGUGUGGUGUGUGAAAAGUGGUGAAAAUGCUUUGGCAACGAUAAGCAGUGAAAAAAAUCGAAUUUCGCAGCGCUCGUUUGGCCUUCGGCGCGUUGAAGGCGAGUGAAAACGCGUAAUACUGAUAGCAAACGCAAAGAAGUGAAAAAAAAAUAGCAAAGGGUUGAUAAAAAAUUGCAAAGAGUUGAAAAUAAAAUAAAAAUUUUCUUAAAAGUGGCGAGUUAAAUUAGUUUUGAAGAAAAUUUUAAGCAAGCAAAGCAUCUGCCAGACUUUUCUUCAACGUCCUCAAGCAGACAAUUGUCAUACAGGCAAGUUAUAAAAUCAGAUUAUUGGGAGCAAUGAGUUGUUGCAUGGUUAUUAAAAGAAUACAAGAAAAAACCAUAGUUCAACGCUAAAAUUUAGGAAACAUUGCAAAAGAUCAAUAAGAAACCCCAAGCGUGGAUAAGAAAGAUAAAAAUUUUGCAAGAAAAAAGCUCCAGAGUUUAAAAAGUAUAUGCGAACAUAAAGAAAUAUUUGUAGUUAAUCUACAUUGGUCUACGUAAGCCACACUAAAAUUUACUGCACCGAAAAAGACAACACUUCUUGCAACAACUCGGCUUACCUCAAAUAGAGGUGGACCAAUAAGGAUAACGAAAAUACGCUAACACCCCUUAACUUUAUAUAAACAUGGCUCAAUACGGUGGUGGCGCACCAAACCCCUUCGGUGCCGGAGGCGGCGGUGGUGGCUAUGAGCAACAGUCUGGCUAUGGCGGCGGUUAUGGACAACAGAUGGGCGGUUACGAGCAAACAGGUGGAGGUUAUGAUCAAACAGGUGGCGGAUAUGAUCAAAGCGGUGCGGGUUACGAUCAAAGUGGCGGCUAUGGUAAUCAGGGCAUGGCUGGUGGUGCGGCUUAUGGUGGUGGCAUGCCGAACGCCGGUGACGUGCCACAACAGCCUUAUGGCAUGGCGGCACGUCCACGUGUCGAUGUGGAGGCUACUGGUGAAGUGGAUCCAACACUCUAUCCUGAAGCCAAAGAGUCAACGCACAAAAUACGCGGUCACGCUGAUAUUAUCGAAAUGCUUUUUGGGCCCACCGAACACGAACUCAUACCGGUGAAGGCCUUUUAUUUCUUCUUCUUUGCCGCUUUCGGUUCCCUGUUUCCGCUGAUGGGUGUUUACUUCAAACAGAUGGGUAUGAAUCCGGGGCAGUGCGGCAUAUUGAUUGGUAUGCGUCCAUUUGUGGAGUUCUUGUCCGCGCCCUUCUGGGGUUCUUAUGCGGAUCGCUGCCGUCAAGGCAAAAAGUUGUUGCUGGCCUCACUCGCCUGUUGGGUGCUUUUUACUAUACCUUUGAGCUUCAUCAAACCGGAGGCUGUGAAUUGCAUCGAACGCAAGAAUGAAACCGAUUUCGUUUUAACUUUGACACGCACGAAACGUGAUCUCUCCGCAUAUGACAUGAGCGACAUGAAUAAGGACGAUGUGGAGAGUUAUCAUUCUCAAGCGGCUCUACAUGACGCGUUAACAAUGCCAGCAAGCGAGGCGAUGGAGGAAUCGCAUAGAAGACGCAAACGUUCAUUGAUACCACGCAUUGAUGCCGGCAUCUCACCCAUACACAUAAACUUUGUCAGCAACUACGAUGACAAACAGCAUCGUGACUAUGUUAGCCCUAUAUUCUCCUCGAUGGUCUAUCGCACACCAGACAUUCAAAAGGCUUUCUUCCUGCUCUUACUCGUCAUACUUAUUGGUGAAUUCUUCAGCGCUCCCGCCAUUACGCUCGCUGACUCAGCGGUCAUCACAUUGCUUGGCGACGAUGCUGAUAAGUAUGGUCAUCAGCGCAUGUUCGGCUCACUUGGUUGGGGUAUUUCCAUGUUCAUUGUUGGUAUUGUGCUCGAUCACUCGACACGUUUCUCGCAUCAUCCCUGCGGUGCCGGGCACAUGGAGAAGAACUACAACAUUUGCUUUGCCAUCUUUUCGAUAUUGAUGACUUGCGCUAUUGUUUCGGCGUCGAAGAUCACUUUCAAAUAUGACCCCAUUGAUAUAGAACAGCCCGUUGAGAACCCAGAUGCCACUGCUAACAAACAAGCGGAGGAUGAGAGCAUGGCUGAGCUGGCUGCACAGCUGAAUUUACCCACAUUGGCGAUGGGUAGUGGCACGGCGGCGGUCGGCAAGGCACCACAGGCCGCUGUGGGCGCACAGUCGACAAUGUUUGCACAGACGACUAAGGAAAUGCCCGAAUGGUUGACUGUGUUGACGCAUUUUAAGGAUAUGAAAACUAUUUCGUUUCUAUUCGUCGCUUGGUUUAUGGGCUUCGGCAUUGGACUGAUAUUCACCUUCCUCUUUUGGCAUCUGCAAGACUACGGCGGCACUCCAACGCUUUUCGGUGUUGCCUCUGUGAUUAAUCACGUAUCCGAGAUCUUCGCCUACUUCUACAGCUUCCGUUUCAUCACACAAAUCGGUCACAUAAAGGUGUUAUGCUUGGGCUUAAUCGGCAAUGUGCUGCGUUUUUUGUACAUUUCAUAUGCGACCAAUCCGUGGAUGGUGUUACCGUUCGAACUGAUGCAGGGCGUUACACAUGCUGCCGUAUGGGCCGCUUCCUGUUCGUACAUAGCGCACAGCACACCCAAACAUCUGAGAGCUUCAGCACAGGGCGUACUGCAAGGUAUACAUCAUGGUUUGGGACGCGGUUGUGGCGCGAUUAUUGGUGGCAUGUUUGUCACUUACUACGGCACUACGAAAACAUUCCGUGGUUAUGGCCUGGCUUGCCUCGUCGUCUUGGGUGUUUUCAUUUUCGUGAAUUUCUAUCGUAAAGAUCAGGGCUUCAUCUCGGAAUUGCCAGCAACGGAGGAUCCGCGACAGGUAGCGGAAGAGACCUCACAUCUGGCGCCACAUGGUGUACCCAGCAAUCCAAUACCGCGUGCACUCUCCAAUGCACGUCUGAAUGAGAUGAAUCCAAAUGGUGGCACAGGCAAUACCUACGGCACCUACCAGACUUCGGGCGGUAAUCUGGACAUACCUGGCGCUAAUCCACACAACCCAUUCGCGCAAUAAAUUGGAUAAAUUUUGGAUAAGACGAGAAAGUAGUCGAAUUGGCUGAAGUGUGAGCAUCGUGUAAGAAUGAAAAGAGGAUAUUUUUAGCUGAUUUUGCAUUUACAUAGAUAUUUUUUUGGGUAUGAGUUUCAUGAACAGUUUUGAUCAGAUCUAUUUGUAUAGUUUAUACAUACAUACGUAAGUAUAUUGGUAGAAUAAUAUUGUUAACAAAUCUAAUCGUAUAAUUAAUAAGAGACCGUAUUUGUAGUGGAGGGCGAUUACUUGAUUAUUACUAUCCAAUUAUUAUACUUACUUCUAGCUUUAUUUUUCAAGUAAAAAAUUUCUUGUUAUCAAUAACAGUGUUACUAAGCUUAUGAAUAUUUUGAUUACCAUUACAUUAUUGCUGUACAUGUAUUUACCAGUACCAACACCAAUGUACAAUCAAUUAAUGUAAUCAUUAUCCUUACUAUUUUCAUAAUUUUUCAUUCUGUUAUUACACUUUUUGAAAUGGUAUACAAUCACAAUCUUAAAUACCAGCAUUAAUACCAUUACAGUUAUUUAAAUAAUGAUUAUUCUUAAUAUUAUUAUACAAUAUAUCUUACAAAUACUGCAUUACACACAUUUCUACAUAUUGUUUUUCAUUACUGCUCAGUAAUGUAUAAAUUUGUUAACUAUUUAUUUUUACUCAAAUAAAAUAUUGUUAGUCUGGUAAUGAUUACUAUUACCAUUACUACUGGAUUACAUCAAUUUAUUAUAAUUUUUAAAAGUUCAAGACUAUUAACUGCUAAACAUACAAGUAUAUGUAUAAUAAUAAUUGCAUUACGUAUAAUUACAUUUUAAUUACUGCUCAAUAUUGAACGUAUUUUUUAAAAUUUUUUUUAUUAAAACCAGUAUUCUCACAAAAGCAAAGUUUUGUUAGUCUGGUAAUGAUUACUAUUACCAUUGCAACCGGUACCUCUGGAUUACCCAAUUUUUUUUAUUAGUUUAAGAGCAUUACAAAUAUUUACAUAAUUACAAUUACUUUACAAAUAAUUACUUUUUCAUUACUGCUCAGUAACAUAUUUUUUUGAUUAUUGAUGUUUGUUUAAAAACUACUGUUUAAUUACUACCAUUACAACUGCAUUGUACCAUUUUAUCAUUAUUUAUUCAAAACCAUUAUCAUUACUUGUACAAUUACAAUUACAAUAUACAUAAUUACUUUUUCAUUACUGCUCAGUAUUGUAGAUAUUAUGUAAAAUAUUUGGUUUUAGUAAAACCAGCUUUCUUACACAAGUGAUGUAUUGCUAGUCCGGUAUGAUUACUAUUACAUUGCAACCAUUACCACUGUAUUAUACCAAUUUUGUGUUAUUAUUAUUAGUUCCAAAACAUUACCAUUACAUGUUACAAUAACAUUACAUAUAAUUACUUUUUAAUUACUGGUGAGUAUUGUAGACAUUUUGCAAAAUGUUUCUUUUUAUUAAAAACAGUAUUUUUAUAGAAGUAAUCAUUACAUGUAUAAUUAUAAUUACAAUUACAUAUAAUUACAAGUAAAGUAGUACUUCUUCAUUACUGCUUAGCAUUCCAGACAUUAUGAAAAUUAUUUAUUUUUAUUAAAACCAGUAUUCUUACAAAAGUAAUGAUUACUAGAUUAGCAAUGGUAAAGUAAUCAUUAUCAUUGCUAGUCUUGUAAUUGUUACCACCAAUUUCUAAAUAUUUUAUAAAUUUUCGCUCUCUACUAUUUCUUAAGUGUUACAUAUAAAAACUAACUGUCCUUUCGUUACACCGUUAGUUAAUUAAGUGAGCGGAAACGCAACACAAAAAUAGCUGUAUUAUAUUUACUAGUAAAUUUUACAUUUCAUUACAAAAAAGUUAGCAAAAUACAAUUCUAGAUGUGUUUAUUCUAAUUACAACUUUAUUGAACUGUUCAGAAAUAUAUUAAUAUGAAAAACUAUAAACUUUAGAUAUGAAAUGAGUUAAACGAAAAUACUACAUAAUCGAAGAGUAAGAUAUUAAAAAAAAAAUAAAAUAAAUAAACGACAAAAGCAUAAAUAAAAAAUACUAAAAAAUAUUAAACACCAAAUUGAAUAAUUAAACAAAGAGAACGCAAACAUGGUAAUGAAAAACAAUCAACUUGAAUGUGCAGCAAUACAAUAGCAACAAAAAACAGCUCAGUGUAGAAUUUGUAACGAAUAGAAAGUAGAAAAGCAACACGAAAAUAUACAAAAUACAAAAAAGCAUGCAAUUGUAAAGGGAAAUGAAAAGUGAAUACGAAAAAAUAUUACAGUAAACAUAUCUUGGAGGGCGGCCUGCAUUAGCAAAAAAGUAAUUUAUAUUUUUUGUUGUAAUGCUAAGUAAUUGGCGACAUAGGAAUUUUAUAAAACUCACAAAAAAUAAUUAUUGAAAUUAUUUACCGCAUUUUAUUGCAUGUUUAAGCAAUUUUUUUCAUUUUCAGUGCAACUCUGUGAGAGAUUUUAUAAAAAUAUGUUCUUUUUGCACACACCUAAAGCUACAAAGAAAUGUUAAAAUAUAUAUUUUUAAAUACACAGCAGUAGCGUAGACGUCGUUAAUAUAUAAUACUAUAUACAUAUUUGCACAUAAGUACAUGCUGGCAUAUACAUACAUAUAAUAAAUAAUUAAAAAAUCUGACGAUUAUAUAAAAUUAAUACAAGUAAGUACAUUAGCGAGAGCGCAACAAAAAGCAACUGAAAAGUGCUGAAGAAAUGAAUGAAUGAGGUAAUGACAGUUAUGGACAACGGUAAAUUGUUGAGUUGACACUGGCACUCAAAAAAAAUGACAUUAAGUGUCUGAUUAAGUACCAAUAAAUACCCAAAUCACCUAUGAAUUACAUGAGUAAUUAAUGUAAAUUAUUUAUAAUUUUUCUAUUAAUAUUAAAUCUGUGGCAACAUCGUGUGCUGAAGCAAAUAUUUUGUUGCAAUAAAACUCAGGAAUUGAUAAAAAUUUUAAAUAUUGUAAAUUAGAUUAAUUUUAGAAAGUUUGAUUAUAACAAUUAUCUAAUAACCAAAAGCUUUAUUGAUAAUUUAUUUCUCGAUUAAUAUAAAUUUUAGUAAGUAAUUAUAAUUUAAUUAGCAAAACAGGCUAAAAAUGACUUUAGAAAAAGUUGUAUACAAACAUUUAUGAUUUAACAGUGAAAGCUCCACUUGGAAUUUUAGUUUAAAGUGAAAGCUUGACCAAGACCUGCUAAGUUGAGUGAAGCAUAUUGAUGAAGAAUGUACAUAAGAAAUGUAAAAUAAGAAAAACUUCAUGAAAAGUUAUGUGUAAGUUGCCCUUUUGAUUUAACAAUGAAAGCUUCACUUGAAAUUUUAAUUUUAAGUGAAAGCUUUUCAUAGACUUUUUAGGCAGAGUAGAUAUAUUGUAUACAGAAACACUGAGUACCAAAUUACAAGUGAAAGCUCGGUGAAAGUAAUUAAAGAUGAACGAAGAUCUAUGUUAUAUCUUCGCUCAUCUUUGCUAAUAAUAAAAAUUUAAAGUGAAAGCUUUGAUAUUUAUGUUUCUAAUUUGCGUAUACCGAAAGCAUAUUGUAUGACGAAAUGCUAAAUAAGAAAAGCUUUAUGAAAAGUUAUGAGAAAGUUGGUCUUUUGAUUUAACAGUGAAAGCUCCACUUUGAAUUCCAUUCUUAGGCGAAAGCUUUUCAAAGCCUUUUUAUGCUGAAUAAAUAUAUUGGAUCAGGAAUGCUAACACCAAAUUACAAGUGAAAGCUCUGUGAAAACACUCAAAGAUGAACGAAGAUAUAACAGUAAGGAUUAGAAAUGAACAUUUUAAAGUGAAAACUUUAAUAUUUAACAGCAAAUGUUAGAAGAGUUUUCAGCUGCAUGGGAGCUUUCAUGAAAGCUUUAGAAAGGAAGUGGUCAUAGAAACUAUUGUACUUCAGAAAGAUGAACGAAGUUAUAACAUUCACGUUUCAAAAUAAAAUUUUCAAAGUGAAAGCUUUAAACUUUAUUUUAUUAAUUUGUAUGAAAAAAUAUUUGUUUAUUUUUUCAACAAUAAAAAAACAGCACAUCUAAGAAAUAUAAUAAUAAAUAAUAAAAGGAAACUGCAAAUGUAAGAACUAUAUUUUAUGCAAAAAUACUAAAUACCAAAUUCCAAGUGAAAGCUCAACAAAUUAAAGCUUCAGAGAAGAAGAAAGAUAUUAGAUUACUAAAAAUAAUACAAAUUAUCAAGUGAAAGUUUUAAUCUUGGGAUGGCAUGGGAGCUUUCAUGAAAGUUUAAGAAAAGUAGUAGUUAGUAAUAGAAGGCAGCUUUCACUGCAUCGUACAUAGUUACACGCCAAAUGAAAAGUGCUUUUAAGUUUCUAUGAAGUCAUGAAAGCUGCAUUAAAGCUCUUAAAAUGCAAAAUGAAAGCUCACUGUCUUUUUGGUGAGAAUGAUGUAUAAAUAAUAUAUAUGCACGUGUACUUGUAUGCACUGACAUACUUCAUAUAUUGAAAUUUUGGUUGCAAUGCUUUUUCACAUCACAAUCAUAUCAUUUUAGCAAUAAAGUAAAUAUAUAGCUAUGUUGCAAGACAAAGUGUUUAAAUGUUGCAAACAAAUAAAUAUGUGCGUAGCUAAAGAAAUGUGUAGGGUAUUAAGAAGAGUAAGACAAAGUAAAGUAUAUCAAUAAAAUAUAGCAUUGGAAUAAAUUAUAUGCAAGAAAAUCAAUGAGAAGCAGCAGUAAUAUACCUAAAUGUUGUACCUUGGUAAAAAUACAAGAAAAAAAAAACAAAAAAAAAAAAAUAAA